AGAUCCAGUGUGAAGUUUCUACAGUUAGUGAUGACUUUGGGUGCCAGGUAAUUUGCUGGCGUUGGUCCACUGGGCUCUAUCUCUAAAGUAAAGGUGAGCACCAGACCCACUAUCUAGUCCUCUCCAAAUUACCCUUAGGUGUGAGUGAUUGUUUGCAUGGUUUUUAGUCCUGUGUGUCUGCGUUGCCCUGUGAUGGACUGGCGACCUGGCCAGGUUGUAUCCCACUUCUCACCCAGUGAUUGCUGGAGAUAGCCACCGGCUCGCCCAGACCAAUUUCACACGAUAGAAGCUUUGCACACAAGUGUCAGGGUUCUUGACCUGAUAUUUGAAGGACUGGGGCAUUAAUUGCUGUAGUGCACAAAGAAGAAUCAUUUCCUGAGAAAUAGUAAUUGAAUUCCUUAUGCGUGGAGAAGCCAACAGUGAUGGGGAGGAGAGAGCGGUGAUUUAGGUUUGCAGGAGAGAGAACGUUUGAACUGGAGGCCUUAAACCCAACCUGGACUAAAUGAACUGUAAGGAUGAGGACACUGGUUGGAUCAGGGCUGCUGCUGUUUCUGUGGCAGAGUGUUUGUGCUUUGGACGUUCCUCUUGAGAUUAGACAACCUCCAACCAUCAUAAAGCAGUCGUUACAGGAGCACAUUGUGGAUCCUAAAGACACUAUGGUCAUAGAAUGUGAAGCCAAAGGCAACCCUCAUCCGAUUUUCUCGUGGAGGCGUAACGGGAAGUACUUCAACGUGGCCCGUGACUCACAGGUGUCAAUGCGCAGGCGCUCAGGAACGCUAGACAUCUACACCCGGUACAAUCCUGAACAGUAUGAAGCAGAGUAUCAGUGCAUUGCCUCCAAUCAAUAUGGGUCUGCUUACACCCACAAGAUCCGACUACGGCUGUACAGACCUCCUGUGUGGCCCCGGGAGAUUCUGGAGCCUGUUGUGAUCAGUGCUGGCCUUCCACUGGUCCUGCCCUGUGACCCUCCACCAGGCCCGCCUAAACCUGAAACCUACUGGAUGUCCAGCUGUUCCUAUGCGAGACCUUUCAACUGGCCCAUUCAGACAGCUUUUCCCACCAUGCAGGCUGUGCGGCAGGACCGCAGGGUUUCCAUGGGCGUCAACGGAGAUCUGUAUUUCUCUAAUGUGCUGGUUAAUGACUCCACUGCCGAUUACUGCUGCAAUGCUCGAUUUCCUUAUAAGAACGUCAUUCAGCAGAAGAUGCCUGUGGUUGUUAAGGUGCUUACAACUCGCACAGUGGCUGAGGCCGCCCCCACCUGGCUGUCUCCCAAAGGCUCAUCCAGCUCCAUUCUUGUGCUACAAGGGGAAGAGCUGCUUCUUGAGUGCAUAGCUGCAGGGCUGCCUUCUCCUCAUAUUACCUGGACUAAGGAUGGCGAGGACCUACCUGUGACAUCCCGCAUGAAAGUGAAAAACUUCAACAAAAUGAUCCAAAUUCCAAAGGCGUCUUUUGAAGAUGCUGGAGAGUACAUGUGUGCAGCUACCAACAGGAUAGGGUAUAUUGAGCACACAAUAACGGUCAGGGUCAGAGCGGCUCCUUUCUGGUUGGAAAAGCCUACAGAUUUAAUCUUGGCUCCUGAGGAAAACGGACAGCUGGUGUGUCGCUCUGAUGGGGCUCCUCGACCGACAAUAAGCUGGUUCAUAAACGGGGAACCGAUUGAGACUUCUACACCGCAGCCUAACAGGCAGGUGUCUGGGGAAACGAUAAUAUUUCGCGGUGUGACCACUGAAAACACUGCUGUCUACCAGUGCAAUGCCUCCAAUGAGUAUGGGUACCUACUGGCCAAUGCCUUUGUCAACGUGCUGCAUGCAACUCCUCGUAUUAUCGGAACCAGGAGUGAGCACAUAACAGCGAUAGAGGGCAAUCAUGCCUAUUUAGACUGUCGCUUCUUCGGCUCGCCCGUGCCUGAGCUGCGAUGGUCCAAAUAUGGGCAAGGAAAUCUUGAGGGAAAUCGUUUUAAGACCCACAGUAAUGGGACUCUAGAGAUCAAACGCAUCCGGAUAGAAGACCAGGGAAGCUACCUGUGUGUGAUUAGCAACAUUGCAGGAAGGGAUGAGAAUCAAGUCCGAGUGGAUGUGAAAGAACCCAUCAUAAUUGUCACCAGACCAAAGAGUAUGAAAGUCAUGCGUGGAAGUGAUGUGCGCCUCGAGUGUGGGGUAAAAGCAGAUAUUACCACUCCAGUUACCACAACGUGGAUGAAGAACAAAAAGCAAGCCGCUCUUAAUUGGAGAGUCUCUUUGGAUGAAUCAAAUCUGGUCAUUACUAAUGUAAACAGAGGCGAUGAGGGAAAUUACACAUGUGUCAUCCAAAAUGAGCUGGAGCAGAAGUCUGCAUCGGCACACCUAAUGGUGAUGGACCGCCCAAAUCCUCCCACUGACUUGGAGCUCUCAGAUCCAUACGAGCGUAGCGUACGUCUCAGUUGGGUUCCUGGAGACAGCAACCACAGCCCCAUUAAUGAGUAUUUAGUGCAAUAUGAUGAUGAUGACUGGAUACCAGGAAAGUGGAAAAACCUAUCAACAUACCCAGGAAACCUCAACUCUGUGGUUCUGCAUCUCUCACCUUUCACCUACUACGAGUUUAGGGUCAUUGCUAUCAACGAAAUUGGAUCCAGUCGUCCCAGUCGCCCAUCUAAGCGUUUCCAAACCAGCGGUGCACCCCCUGAUGUCGUUCCAAAGAAUGUGAAAGGUGUGGGUACAUGGAGAAAUAACAUGGAAAUCAGCUGGGAGCCUCUUACAUGGAGAGAGUGGAAUGGACCACACUUGAAGUACUUGGUGUGGUGGAGAAGGAGAGAUUCCCGGGAAGAGUGGAAAAAUGCAACCACCAAGUGGCUGAAAUAUUACAUUUAUGACGCAGACACAUUCACCCCUUAUGACAUAAAAGUCCAGGCAGUCAAUGACUUUGGGCUCGGACCAGAGUCGCCCGUGGUCGUUGGUUAUUCUGGUGAAGACCGUCCGAUAGCUGCACCCCUGAACCUGAGAGUCUCUGACAUCGAAAGCACUCAGGUUACAGUACACUGGGACCCAGUGACACGUGAUUCUAUCAUGGGAGAGCUGAAAGAAUACAAGGUCUACUACUGGAGAGACAGCAGCCAGCUGAGGUGGCACAGGGUCAACAGAGGCAUGAAAUCCAAAUUGUUUCCGAACAAUGACCCAGAACCCUCGGGUGUAGUCACUGGGCUUAUUCCUUAUAGCAACUACAAGAUGUACAUAGUGGUGGCAAACAGCCGGUAUGAAGGACCGCCAAGUAAUCACAUCCACUUCUCCACACCUGAAGGAGUACCAUCUGCUCCAACAUCCUUCAGAAUCCAACAACGACAUCUGGACAGUAUUUAUGUUGACUGGGACCUGCCAGAAGAGCCUAACGGUGUCAUCACUGGUUACAGCCUCAAAUACCAGACAGUGAAUGCAACCAGAGGAGAGGAGCUGAAAGUGGAGGAGUUCCCACCAAACGUGACGAGCUUCUCUAUCCGGCGAUAUGACCGCUACACUCGCUACAGAUUCUCUGUGGCUGCACGAACUCGGCUUGGACUAGGAGAAUGGCAUACGGAGGAGUCUCUCCAUUACACCACAGAGAUAUACGCUCAGGACCAGGUGGACAUCACCACUCAGGGGUGGUUCAUUGGGAUCAUGUGCGCCGUGGCUCUCCUCGUGCUCAUCCUCCUCAUAGUUUGUUUCAUCAAGAGGAGCCGAGGGGGGAAAUAUCCAGUGCGGGACAAGAAGGACAUUUCAUUGGAACCCGUUGAUGAUAAAGAUCAGGAGGGAUCCUUUGAUUACAGGUCCUUUGAAAGGAUAGCACGUGUGUCAACUCUGCCUUAUCCUCGGAGAGAGGAGGAAAGAGGGCUUCAGAGAGCUCAGACGUCUGUGGAGGCGAUAAUCAAGCGAUCAGACAGCGACGACAGUCUGGUGGAAUAUGGAGAAGGAGGAGAAAUCCAGUUUGAUGAAGACGGUUCGUUCAUCGGCCAGUACACAGGAACCAGGAGAGAUGUCAGGGACUUGGACUUUGGUGGGAAUCUGGAGAUCCACUCACCGAUGAAUACUAUCUACUCUCUGGCAUGAGAUUAAAACCUCAAGGAUCAAUUCUUACGACGUGUUGGCAUUUUUGUCAUGGGACUUCCCUCUGGAACAUACAGAGGAAGUGAGGAUCUGAGUCCGUUUGAGGAGGGAACAGCUGGAGAUUGAGCUGCUAUUAAACCUUUAUUAUUUUACAAGCCUCCAUUUUCAUGGAUAUGGACGGGGGGGAAAUGGAGAGGUUGGGAUUAUCUUUCCAUAGACGUGUUUUUAGAUGCUAUGUCUUGAAAAGGAAGAUUUACCUUUUGAUUUGUACAUAUGGAACACAUCUUUGCAUAAGCUAAAGCCUUCUGAGAGACUGAGGUAGAGUUUUUUAUUGUGUCUAUAAAAGUCUUCGCAAGGACCAAUUUACCCUCUAACUGUGCUGUUUUCUUCCUGUUAACUACAAGGUUUGUGUUAAUUUUGAGUGCUUGUGAUUUCAAAUAACUGUUGCAUACAACACUUUCACUAUCACAUGAGUAACUGUACAAUCCUUUAAUAAAGAGUCUGAUCAGUGCUCAUGCUCAUAAGUUUUAAAGGAAAUAAUUUGGACUUGCAUUAAAAUUUAGAACUUUUUUCUGUCAAUUUAUAUAAAGUUCAGCUUUGUUUUUUUUUGUAAUUCAAACAAAGAAGACUCGUUGUCUCGCCAAACGAGGAAAGAAAAUAUUUUUUUGAAUAAUCAAGAAAAGCUUCUGAACUGUUCUCUUAAUUUUAUUCACUCUGUGAGUUAGUACUAUUUAUGUAACAGUGUUCAUUUGAUCUCUAACAUCAGCUGUGUAUGAAACAAACAGUGCCUCAAAUUGAAUUAAAAAGUAUUUAUGAAUA